UCCUCUGCCAUGCGCGCGCUGCUGAUCUUGCUGGUGGUGGGGUUGGUUGGGGUGAGCAGGGGACAAGAAGACGUGGACGAGCGAGACGUCAUCGACUUGACUCCCUCCAACUUCGACCAGACCAUCGCCAAGUACCCCAACAUCCUCGUCGAAUUCUACGCGCCGUGGUGCGGACACUGCAAGCAGCUGAAGCCGCAUUAUGCGAAGGCGGCAACUAAGCUCAAGAAAGAACACCCAGAGGUUGCUCUGGCCAAGGUUGAUGCUGACGCGCACAAGGAACUCGGCACAAAGUUCGGAGUGCGCGGUUUCCCCACAUUGAAGUGGUUUGUCAACGGUGAGCCAACCGACUACGAGGGAGGUAGAACAGAUGAUGCCAUCGUGACGUGGAUCAAGAAGCGCAUGGGACCAGCAGCAGUGCAACUGAACGAGACCUCACAUCUUGAUGACUUCAAGAACAAAGCCGAGGUGGUGGUUGUCGGGUUUUUGAACUCGAAGGAAGGAGAUGCUUGGAAAGAGUUCGAGAAGGUUGCAAAGAAGAUGGACGAUGUUGAAUUCGGAGUAUCACAUGAGAAAAGCGUGCACGAACAUGCAAAGCAGAAGGGUGGAGAUGUGGUAUUGUACAAGAAGUUUAGCGGAGAUGCUGAGCACGAAGCUGUCGUGUACAGUGGUGCUAUGAAUGCAGCCGACAUUGAAAGCUGGAUUGGAAUACAUCAGUUGCCUUUUGUCGUUGAAUUUUCUGCUGCAACUUCUGGCAAGAUCUUUGGAAGCCCGAUCAAGUCGCAAGUUCUUCUCUUUUGCGACGUUGGAUCUUCAUCUUGCGAAGAAGCAAUCAAGACUUUCAAGGAAAAUGCUAAGGCGAACUAUGGAAAGAUUAUUGCAGUUCUGGUCAGAAACGAGAACGACAAUGUCUUGAACUACUUCGGAGUAGACAAAGAGGAGACUCCUUGCGUGUUUAUCGCCAAGAGUCCUUCACCAGGCGAGAAAGGAAUGUCCAAGUAUAAGGGUCCAACCAAGGAUACCUUGACGAAAGAUGGAGAACUAGCGAAGUUCUUGAGCAGUUAUCUCAACGGAGAGUUGAAGCCGCACAGGAAGUCCGAGAAGCUUCCCGCUAACGUGGUUGAUGAGCAUGGAGUGACUACUCUCGUCGGGGCCAACUUUGAUGAGAUUGUCAUGGAUCCCUCUAAGGACGUGCUUGUCGAAUUUUAUGCCCCCUGGUGCGGUCAUUGCAAACAACUGGCACCCAUCUAUGAUAAGCUCGGCAAAGAGUUUCAAGAUAUCGACAGUGUCGUGAUUGCAAAGAUGGAUGCAACAGCAAACGAUCCUCCAUCGAAUAUCGACGUGCAGGGAUUCCCAACUAUAAAGUUCUUCAAAGCCACUGAUAAAACCUCAAUGGAUUACAACGGCGAUAGGACUGUGAAGGGAUUCCGAAAAUUUAUCAAGCAGAAUGCCGGUACCAACUUCGAGCUUAAGAAGAAGGGAAAGAAGAAGGCAGCUGAGAAGGAGCUCUAGAGUUGGACGAUGGUGGUUUUGUAGUAUGCACACUUUAUAAGGUGAGAGCAUGACCACAAAUUGUGGUGUCCAAAUUUAUUGAAAGAAAGAAAAAGG